AUGGCUAAAGCUUUUCCUACCACUAUUUUUAAUGAGAAUGCUCGAAUUUCAAUGCUUUCUGGUGACAACUAUGCUGAAUGGAAGGAGAAAGUCCUUCUCACUUUAGGGUGCUCGGAUCUGGACCUGGCACUCCGUGUGGAUGAACCACCUAUUCCCACGGAAUCAAGUAUGCCAGCGGCUAAGGCUGAUUAUGAGCGGUGGGAGCGAUCUAAUCGCUUAAGUUUAAUGCUUAUUAAAGCCCACAUCAGCCAAAGCAUUAGGGGUUUUAUCCCUAACAGCAAUAAGGUCAAAGCUUACAUGAAGGCAAUUGAUGAACAAUUCGUAAGCUCUGACAAGGCUUUAGCCAGCACCCUUAUGAAGAGGCUCUCAAGUAUGACUUUUGAUAGAAGUCGUACAGUGCCUGAGCACAUUAUGGAGAUAAGAGACAUUGCUGCUAAACUCAAGUCCCUUGAGGUUGAUAUGUCUUAA